AUGGGCCGAAAAAUACCUGCUAAGAAACAUCGUGGUGUAAAAGAUCCUCUAGUUCAGCAUGCUCGGCGAAUGCAAAGCAUAAAAGACAAAAUAAAUGCACCACCCAUCGAUCCUGAUGAGCAACCAGUUCCGCGGUCGUUGUCUAGACUAUUUGCGUUUCAAGAUAAUGGGAAAGUUACAAAAAAGAAGAAGAAGAAACUAAGUUUACCAAGUAAAGAAAGUAUCCAGAAAGGUGUAGGUAUCAACCCCAUUACCCAGUUAAAAAAGUUACCUGGUGAAUCUGGAAGGGGCUUUUCAUUAAGAAUAAACAGUGCUAUACGAGCCCUUCAUGAUCCCAUCGAUGAAGAGGAGUAUCCACAAGACUUAGAAAAUGAAGACGCAAAGGGUGAACGAAUGUUCGAUCAACGUGAACGACGUAGGCGGAAAAAAAAGGGCAAACAGAAUGAUGAAGAGCCAAAAUUGACACGUACUCAGAAAUUUGCUUUAAAAAAAAAGGCGAAGAAAGAAAAAGCUGCUGCUGAGGAACAGAUAAAAGAAGUGGUUUAUGAACAUGUGGAAUUUGGUGACAUAACGCAUGCUCCACCCAAUCUUACUGUAAGGCCCAAGAUGAGAGGACAAGAUAGUACAUCAAUGGGAGCACCUAGACCUGGUCGUAAAGAACUUUUGCUGAGCUCCAUGUUAUCUGGCAACACCAAAAAUGACCUAGUAAACGCGGCAGAUGUAGCGCGACGCGAACGAGCGAGGCUUGACGUUGUCGCAGCCUAUAGAGAACUCAAGAAACAGAAGAGACUAGAAACUAAAACUAAAACUAAGAAAAAAUGA